UAUCAGAACCAACUGAAGACAGUUCAAGCAGUUUUGUGUGUGAAAUCACAUUGCAACUUCAACUUUGCAGAGUUCCAAACAGCAUUCCAGAGAGCAGAAAAUGUCGCUGAUUCCGAGUAUCUUCGGUGGCCGAAGGAGCAACGUCUUCGACCCUUUCUCCCUCGACGUGUGGGACCCCUUCAAGGAUUUUCCUUUUCCCAAUUCUGUUUCUGAAUUUUCUCGGGAAAAUUCUGCAUUUGUCAGCACCCGAGUGGAUUGGAAGGAGACCCCAGAAGCGCACGUGUUCAAGGCUGAUAUACCUGGCCUUAAGAAGGAGCAAGUGAAGGUUGAGAUUGAAGAUGAUAGGGUUCUUCAGAUAAGCGGUGAGAGUAAUGUGGAGAAAGAAGAUAGGAAUGACACGUGGCAUCGCGUGGAGCGUAGCAGUGGCAAGUUCCUUAAAAGGUUCAGAUUGCCAGAGAAUGCCAAAGUUGAUCAAGUGAAAGCUGCUAUGGAAAAUGGGGUUCUUACUGUCACUGUUCCCAAAGAAGAGGUCAAGAAACCUGAUGUUAAGGCCGUGCAAAUCUCUGGUUAAACUAUCUAUUCCUUUGUUGAAAAUCGUGUGCUUUGUUCUGUUCUAAGG